UCCCAUUCUCCCCCACCCACAGGCCACAACACUUACUUUACUAAAUAAUAUUGAGAUCAUAAGCAACACGAAACAUAUUGUUAUUUGUCAAGCAGUUUUGCACAAUCAAGCAUUUUCAACUUUUCUGGGAAAUACUGUCCCAGAAAAAUGAGUUGGGAGUUCAAGGAAGAGCACCUGGAUCGAAUCCUGGUGCCAACUGGGUUGUUUUUCAUGUUCACCUACCAUGUCUUUCUUUGUUACAGGUACCUCAAGUUUCCUUUGACUACAGCACAGGGUUCCGAAGAUUAUUACAAGAAAAUCUGGGUCGAAAAAAUGCUUCAGCUUGAAGCGAAGGACAAAGGAACAACUGUGGCUGUGAUAAACAGCAACAUUUCAGCAGCGAGCUCCCUGUCUUCGGUUUCUCUCGUCCUCAGCUCUCUGAUCGGAGCAUUGAUAGGAAGCUCUAAUGAGAAAGACAUCUUCACCAGCAGCUUCAUCUACGGAGACUCCAGCCCCACCAUUGUUUCAAUCAAGUACAUUGCAUUGCUCUGUUGCUUUCUUGUUGGUUUCGCUUCUUUCAUUCAAACAACCAGGAACUAUGCUCUUGCAGCCUUUCUCAUCAGCAUUCCAAACUGCGAUAUCCCUGCAAACUACGUGCAGAAGCCGAUUUUAAGAGCAAGUCACUUCCAUAUGGUGGGGAUGCGCGCACUUCACAUAGCUGCCACUUUGAUCAUGUGGAUUUUUGGACCGAUACCAAUGCUGGUUUCUUCAAUUGUUCUGGUAGCUGUCUGGUACCUUUUGGACCGGAAUCUAACCCCGCUGUACCAAUUUCAACAACGUUUGCAGUCGCAGCAAACCAAUUUCCACAAGAUUGGUGAGGAAAUAGCUACAAUGACAAGGGGUUUAAGGCACCAAGAAAGGGGAAAUGUAGACCGAAGUAGUAACUCAGAUGCUGCGUAGGACUUUAAGAAUACAAAUGUGCAAUUCUUACUUGAUUUAAAGGCCUGAAAGCUUGUAGGAUAUUUUUUUUUUCGCUUCAUUUUUGAUCACUCAUCAGUCACCAGUUCCUAAGUUAUAUGUUA